CCAUGAAUUUAGGUGACAAGCAAGAGCAACACCAAUUUAUUUUUUCGGUUAAUAUCGAGUUUAAUUUCAUACAUGAAAUGAUGAAAAUGCGACAACUAAAUUUGACAAAUCGACAUUGCUUCAUCGUUUAAAAAUAUCUUCCCUCACGGCGAAAGGAAAAAGCAUGGCGUUAUCCACUACCUUAUCCCUUCACGGUGCCGGCGCCGGAACCUUGUUCGGCGGUGAGCUCCGGCAACUGGGUCACGAUAAUUUCAGAGUUUCUAAAAGACCCAGAAAACAAAAUUUCUGCUCAUGCUGGAAUGGCUCCCCAUUUCCAAACCAAAACUGCAUUUGGGGGAUGCCCUCUGCCAAUAAUUUCCAUUUGAAGUCAAUGGAGUGUUCGCCAUUGUUCGCCGUCGAAGGAGAAGCUGAAGAUGGCUUUUUAUCGAAUAUGAAUGACGAUACUGAUGACAUGUAUGAUGAUUUGUUCAAGAAGUUUGGGAAUGUGGUUUUCAAGAGCAACGAUCAAAAGCCUCCCAGUGCAGAAAUUGACGACGAUGCAGAAAGCCUUUCAUUUGCUGUAUCAAUGGCGAAGGUUGCAAGUGAUGUAAAGGCUGCAGAUAUCCGGGUUCUAUUUGUGAAACCUCUAGUUUAUUGGACAAGAUUUUUCAUCAUUGCCACGGCAUUUUCUCGUCCUCAGAUUGAUGCUAUAGGAUCACGGAUAAGAGACCUUGCCGAGAAGAAGUAUGGAAGAAGUCCUUCUGGUGACGUGAAGCCAAAUUCCUGGACUUUAUUGGAUUUUGAAAGCAAAUUGCCCUGUUGUUUUUGUUCUCAGGAGAUGUUGUUAUCCAUAUUUUUCUACCCCAGCAAAGGGCAUUCUAUAACUUGGAAGAGUUCUAUGGCAAUGCAACUCCCGUGGAGCUACCGUUCGAAAACCAACGGCCAUUUUGAAGUAAAAACCGCAGCAGAUUUUCCCCCGAGCAGCUGAUGGUGAAGGAAAAAUGCAGUUUGUGGCAGCUGGUGAGGCAGAUUGCUUGUGUUUGUUGUGUCCUCUCAUCAAAACAGCUACCAUGUGAAGUGUUGCAGAAUCAGCUGCAUGAGUUGGGAGUUCCAACUUCUGACUGCUUGAGGUUGAAGACAGAAUCACUUGGCAGAUGGUGGUAUUAUGAGAGCCCUAUCCCAAACUUUCUCCUGUCUCCCAACUCUCUCUCUCUCUCUCUCCCUUUCUCUCUCUUUUGAAUGACUGGUCUGAUUUGAGAUAGUUUUCAAGUAAAGUUAGUUGUUAUGAAUCAAGUUGGUUAGAUGGGCCCUGUUACUUAGAAGAAUGAAUUAAGAUUUUAUUUACUAAAUAAGGAAAGCUUGUAAGAGAAUUAAAAUGAUAUUGGUUUGGUCAAGUGUUAUGUUUGAACUUCUUCUAUUAUGUGGAUUAGAGAAUCUCCAUUGAUACUAUUA